AUGGGAAGGGAGCUGUUUCUGAAGGGAGCUGUUCGGUCACUGACUGUCAGCAGAGCUAGGUGUCUUCUCCAGAAUCGUCACUCCAGCAUCUACAGCAAGCCACCAAAAAACAAGAUUGGACCUGGGCAAAGUUUCUUUAUUUUGUCUGUGUUUGCUGUUGCACUCCUGGCUCCUGCCGGCUGGAUUCUGCAUCACAUCCCAGAGUAUCGCAAGAGACCACAACCUCCAACUUCUUGAAGAAAGCCCAUCUACGCUCCGGUCAACUUACCUGAUGUUGUGUACUACAGACAGACUUGACUGCUUCUAGGUCAUUAUUCACCUGCAACUGACUUCAUAAACCUAUUAAAAUAUAAAUUUAAGUAGUAAUAAUAAUGUCCUAUUGUGGAGAAACAGAAGAGGCUCUGUUUGAAUGUAAUUGGAUGGUGUUUAAUGCCUUAGGGCCGUUGCCCUUAAUGCCACUGUAAGCGAAAUCUUCUGUGGACUUUAAAUUCAGUUAGUGACUGCACUUUUUCUUUUAAUAAAACGUCACUUUAUAUCAAGUGUUUUUGUUGUUAA